GAUGAACUUUGUCCUGCAGCACAGAAGCUGAAAAAACUGUUUUUCAGGUGUCAUCAGACCGAGUAGCUGCUGCAACACUUUUGUUCAAGUUUCAGUAGAAAUUUUAUUUUUUUAAAUCAGUUGGUGUCAACAUGGCAGAGAGGAGAACUGCACUGAAGACGACUGCAGAGCCAAACUUCCUGCAGUUUAAUGAUUUGGCCUGUGAGGCGGUUGGUGGGAAGGUUAUUUUUGCAUCAGAUGAGUGGUUCGCUCCUGCUGCCAACCUGCUGAAGAGAGAGUCGCCUCAGUUCAUCGCUUCUGCCUUCACUGAUUUUGGGAAGUGGAUGGACGGAUGGGAGACCAGAAGAAAGAGAAUACCUGGUCACGACUGGUGCAUCAUCCAGCUGGGAGUACCUGGGCUGAUCUACGGCUUUGAUGUCGACACAUCCUUCUUCACUGGAAACCACUCGCCUUUCGCCUCCAUCCAGGCAGGUUGUCUGGACCAACCGCCCACCUUUAUGCUGGAGGGGGACCGAACUGGCAUGGCCGCCUCGGACAGUCAGCUGGCUGCUGUCGCCGAGCUGGGCUCGGAGGCGUGGCCGGAGCUGGUGUCUGUAUCGCAGCUGAAGCCCGGAUACUCAGACAGCUGCCAUAACUACUUCCAGGUCAACUUCAACCGUAGAGUCACACACCUGCGUCUCAACAUGUAUCCAGACGGGGGGAUAGCCAGACUGCGAGUGUUCGGCAUCGGGCAGAGAGAUUGGUCUUCUGUCUCCCCCAACCAGGACAUUGACCUGCUGGCUCUGACCAAUGGAGGAGUCUGCCUCGGCUACAGCGACGCCCACUUUGGACAUCCACGCAACAUGAUUGGUCUCGGUCUGGCUGCCAACAUGGGCGAUGGGUGGGAGACCGCUCGCAGACUGGACAGGCCAAAAAAACUGAAGGUGGACCGGAAGGGGAUCCUGCAGGUUCCCGGUUGGGAGUGGGUCGUGUUUCGUCUCGGUCACUGUGGACUCAUCAGCAGAAUCGAGGUCGACACCAACCACUUUAAAGGUAAUUUCCCGGACUCCUGCAGGAUCGAGGGGUGCACUUUGACCCCUGAGGAGGAAGCUCAGUGCAGCAGGACCAAGUGGAUUACUGACAAAUGGCAGGUUCUCCUUCCACCACAGAAACUUCGUCCUCAUCACAGACAUCUCUACAGCGAGGACGAGCUGAAGCUGAGCCGACCCGUCACUCACAUCCGCCUCGUCAUCGCUCCGGACGGAGGCGUCAGCCGGCUCCGGCUCUGGGGUCGACCAACACCCGUAUCCAAGGCAACGGCCAAUCAGCAGAGGAGACCUGCAUCCAAACUGUAAUACACACCUGAGAGCUCGAUCUGCGUCACAGAAUUAACUUAUUCUGUAACGUGACAAUAAAAUCAAGUACGGCUGAACUUA